AGCUAAGAUGCUAACCGCUAUAAUGGACGCCAUACAGGGUUUUGGGGUGAGCAGCACCCACUACCUGCAGACCAACUAUCAGGAUGCCCAGGGCCUGUUUCUCUGGGUGUCCUGGGCGGCUGACCUCAGGAACACCUUUUUCAUCUUCUUCCCGCUUUGGUUUCACCUGCGGGCAUCAGUGGGCAUUAAGCUCAUCUGGGUGGCUGUGAUUGGAGACUGGCUGAACUUGGUGUUCAAAUGGAUUCUGUUCGGGGAGAGGCCUUACUGGUGGGUCCAUGAGGCGCCUUAUUAUGCAAACUCUGUUGCUCCUCACAUUGAGCAGUACCCCAUGACCUGUGAGACAGGACCAGGCAGCCCCUCCGGCCACGCUAUGGGAGCUGCAGGUGUCUACUAUACCUUGGUGACCUCGAUCCUCGCCAUCAUGACCAGCAAGAAGAAAUAUGGAAGCAAGAAAUCUGCCAACAAAGAAUGGUAUUUGAAGGCCAUUCUGUGGACACUGUUCUGGGGAGUCCAGGUGUGUGUCUGUCUCUCAAGAGUCUUCAUCGCUGCCCACUUCCCCCACCAGGUCAUUGCUGGUGUUAUCACGGGUAUGAUAGUGGCUGAAGCCUUCAACAGAACUCAGUGGAUCUACAGCGCCAGCAUGAAGAAGUACUUCUACACGACCCUCUUCUUGACUUCCUUCGCCGUCGGCUUCUACCUGCUGCUCAAGGCUGUGGGUGUGGACCUGCUGUGGACCCUUGAGAAAGCCCAGAAGUGGUGCGUGAGGGCCGAGUGGGUCCACCUGGACACCACACCCUUCGCCAGCCUCCUGCGCAACAUGGGUACCCUGUUCGGCCUGGGCUUGGGCCUGCACUCCUCCCUCUACACCGAGACCAAGAAGAGCAGCAGCACGUUGGUCAAAGCAGGCUGCAUCAUCAGCUCUCUGGUCCUGCUGCACCUGUUUGACUCCUUCAAGCCUCCCACGCACACCGCAGCCCUCUUCUACCUGCUGUCCUUCUGUAAGAGCGCCACUGUGCCUCUGGUCACCGUCAGUAUCAUCCCAUACUGCGUGAACGGAGCUCUGGGCCUGCAAAACAAAAAGGGAGUGUGAACAACAAACUCAGAUUAUAAAGACUUAUAAAAUGGGAGUGCAAAGUAGUCUCUUCCAGGAUCAAAAAAACUUUACUCAGGUGCUUAUUGCCAAGUGAUCAUCAGGAGACACCUAAGAGAUCAAUGGGAAAUUGUCAUUAGUGUCAAUUGGAUUCUGAAGUCUGUGAACACUGUGUGACACUAAGUGAAAGCACUAUCCACAAUGCCCAGUGGCACUUACAAAGACUCAUGUUUUGAAUAUAGCAAAGUAAGAUCAUUAUAAUUGUUUCAGAAUCCUGGAAAAGGACAAACAACAUUAACACAAGAGUCUAGCAAAUUAAUGUUUGCUUACAGUUGCUGUG